UCUAAGUGUUCCUUUAUGGCUACAACUAACUUCUGGGAUAGGCAUAGGAUAUAUACUGACAUAAAUUAUCCUGGAAAACUGUGGGAAAAUAGGGAUGUAUAUAUACACGUUUGCGAUCGCGUCUCUGAACCGUCGGAACACAUGUAAUGGUGGGUGAGAGGUGAUGCCAUUAUACCAGUACUGGGUGCGACGUUUUAGUGAAAGGUUUUCAUGCACAGCCAGGGAUAGACUUAGGGAUCAAAGAGGAUAGGUUGGGAAGUAUAUCGCUCACACUCUACGUUUGUAGGUGUAUUGGAUAACCUCCACGAUCCACAAAUACAUUGGUAAUAACCUGCCAAAACCAUUGCUCGCCAUUUAGUUGAUAUGACGAUAUCUUCAAUAUGAUUCAGUCUCAACAAGUUAUCAGCAAUUGGAAACUCUUAUUUACAUCAAAUCGGGAUAUAACAAGAAAAGAUUCGUAAAAGCUAUGGAUAGGGAACAUCAGACUUGUAAGGAUGUACAGACGAAGUCAAAGGGCAACACAGCUAUGGAUAAUGCUCGGAAAAAGUGCAGAAUGUCCCUUAAAAUCCCCAAAUGGUAUCAAUACCGUGGGGGCGAGGACUUGGUCAUCUGGCUUCACGCAAUACUUGACGAUCUGAAGAAUUUAGAUUUGAGCAAGGGGGUGAAACAAGCAGUUCAUAGCGACGUAAAGGGCGGCUCUUGGGGCAGAGCAUAUGCAAAGAAAACAUUGAAGCGAUGGAAACAAGUCAAACGAUCGUUAAGUUUAGACGACGCUCCAAUAAAUGAUAUGACAAAUGAUUGUAAAGAUCAAGAAAAUACAUUGGAUUAUCUAUUUAAGUCGCAUGCAACCACAGAUUCCAAAAGGACAAAUACCUCUACGAAAUCUGAAAAAAGUGUUCAUCCAAUAGGCAUUUAUAAGCCUAUUGUCAAACCAUCUUGCAACAAAGAUCAGAACGAAGUAUUUCGAAAAGAAAUAUAUGUUUCUAGCAAAAGAGACACCCAUAUUGUAAACCAAAAUAAUUAUUCAUGUGUCUCUAAUAAAGAAGAAAGAAAAAUUGAUAAAGUGAACGUCUGUGAGAACAAUAUUAAAGACCAUGAUGAAGUGGUUCAAAAUGCUGAUCUGCCAUUGUAUAAUAUAAACAAUGCGGUUAAUGACUUACAACAUGAAGAACAUACAAGUAGUGAGGACGAUGAACGUGAUGAAGGAUACUCUAGCAUAAACAGGAACGACUCUGAUAAAUUGCUAGACAUCCUUAACAUUGAUGAAUUCUCAGAAAUAUGUGAGAGAAAACUAAACGAAAACUGUAAUUCAAAUGCUGAUAUUAAUGCAUCUCCACCCGACUGUGUUACAUAUAAACCACCUAGCACCUCUCGUUCUAAAGAGAAUACAGACACGGUUGUUGCAAGCCCGACACUUUGUCGGACAAGUAAAAAGAUGUACAACGUCACUAAAGCGAACGCCUCAAAAGAAAUGGUAGAAGUUGUCAUCAAGAAGAAGGAAGCACAUGUUGCAACGUUACGGGCAGAAAUGCAAUAUUUAGUUGAACUUGCCGAUAGGCAUGAAGAUGUCGAAAUUGAAGUUGUGCACAAAGACAAGCCAUCUCCACAAAAAGUUACAAAAUCUAAGGAAAAGUCACCAGAUAUUGAGCAAAGUGCAGCUUUUAAUACAAAUGAUCGGACUAAAGGGGAGAUAAACAUAUUGAUCAAUGCAUCCGAUGUAUUGAAUCCAACAGUAUCUACUCAGACGAUUGUUGACCGAUUUGGAGUAGAACACCAAACAUUAAAUCAUCAACAAGAAGUACCGGAAUAUUUAGAAACGGAGACACUAGCAAAACAUGACACCUAUAGUGUGACAUCACAUCAUCAAUCUGCAAUUAGCUCAAAUAUUAAAAAUAAUCCAUUAGUUGAUAGAGCUGCUGAUAACACAGAAGAGGAUACUAGAAUAAACGAGGCUGCCUAUUUAACUCAAGUCGAAGAGUGUAUUAAUGCAUCCGACAAUGACUUCGACAACGAUGGAACAUCUAACCUUAAGGCUGGUGAGCAAUUAGAGACGGCUUUAUUACAGAUAUUUGCAGAGAAAAGAACACUUCAACGCCAGGCUAGAAUUGACAAUGACUUCAGUUAUAGCAUGAGGUCGUAUACAAGUGAGGAAUCUGUAGAUAGUAUCCAACUUUUAGACGAUGAACAAAUGACACCAUGCGACAACAAUGAUGCCCUGUCAGACGAUAGCGACACUCUUGAACUAAUUGAUCCAGAUACAAUAGAUUUCGGUGAUUAUAACAAAUGCGAAGGUUUAAACGAUAAUGAACCAUCGUAUGAUGAUAUGUAUGUUACCGAAAGGGCACCCCUAGAUCCAAGGACGGUUUUAUUGGAUACAAUACCAGAAGAAACUCUUCCAGAAACAGACACUUAGCUUGAAGAAAUGCAAAUAACUCAAAAUAAAAAUAAAUAUAUAAUAGAUGUCACUAGUCACAUCACAAGUCUCUAUUGAAGGUAAUUUUAACGAAUUCUUAAAGAUGAUAAGUAUACU